UGGGUGCGCGUCCCGGAGCCGCCCGGGGCGCCCAGCCUGGAAGCCAUGGAGAAGAAGCACCUGCUGAACAGCCAGGGCAGAGUCGGGUCAUACUUAGGGUCUCUGUGGCAGGAGGAAGCUAUCUGGAGCCCUCACCUGGACUUGCAGGCUGUGGAGCUGGCCACUCAGAGCAGCCAUAACAGCCAUUACUGCCAUGCCCAGAAGGAUCCUGGCAACCACUGUGACCCCCAGAAGGAGCGGGCCCGACGGCAGCUGUAUGUGGCCUCUGCCAUCUGCCUUGUAUUCAUGAUCGGGGAAGUCAUUGGUGGGUACCUGGCGCACAGCCUGGCCAUCAUGACGGAUGCGGCACAUCUGCUCACUGACUUUGCCAGCAUGCUCAUCAGCCUCUUCUCCCUCUGGGUGUCCUCUCGGCCGGCCACCAAGACCAUGAACUUUGGCUGGCAGCGAGCUGAGAUCCUGGGAGCCCUGCUGUCUGUGUUGUCCAUCUGGGUCGUGACUGGAGUGCUGGUGUACCUGGCUGUAGAGCGGUUGAUCUCUGGGAACUAUGAGAUCGAAGGGGGCACCAUGCUGAUUACGUCGGGCUGCGCCUUGGCUGUGAACGUCAUAAUGGGGAUAACCCUUCACCAGUCUGGGCAUGGGCACAGUCCUGAUGACACCAGCCAGCAGCAGAACCCCAGUGUCAGAGCUGCCUUCAUCCAUGUGAUUGGAGACUUGAUGCAGAGCUUGGGUGUUCUGGUGGCAGCCUAUGUUAUAUACUUCAAGCCAGAGUAUAAGUUCGUGGACCCCAUCUGCACCUUCCUCUUCUCCAUCCUGGUCCUGGGGACAACCCUGACCAUCCUGAGAGAUGUGAUCCUGGUGCUGAUGGAAGGGACCCCCAAGGGCAUGGACUUCACGGCUGUUCGUGACCUGCUGCUUUCAGUGGACGGAGUAGAAGCCUUGCACAGCCUACACAUCUGGGCACUGACCGUGGCCCAGCCUGUGCUCUCUGUCCACAUCGCCAUUGCUCAGAACGCAGAUGCCCAGGCCGUGCUGAAGGCCUCUAGCACCCACCUCCAGAGGAAGUUCCACUUCCACACCAUCACCAUCCAGAUUGAAAACUACUCCGAGGACAUGAAGGCCUGCCAGGCCUGCCAAGGCCCCUCGGACUGACCCCCCCCCCCCCACCCGCUUGGGGCCAGCCACCAACUGAAGCACAGCCAGGCUCUGCAAGUAG